CGCGAACCAUUCAAAUCGCCCGCGCCAAGAGGUACCCGGCGCUCGCGAUUGGCUGAGCCGGACCAGCGCCCCUGGGCGGGGCCGGCCCCCUCGCAGCGGCCGCGGGUCCCGCCCCCACGCAGGGGCCGCGGGUCCCGCCCCGAUGGUGCGCAUGCGCGCAGUCCCCAGAGGAAAGAGUCUGCGCACACCCCCGCCCGGCCUCCGACUCGCGCCGCGGCUCCCUCCCCUGUCCGCGGAGGCUUGUCGGCUCGGCGAGACAGCAAGAGCUGCGGCCGGCAGGGGGCUGUGCGGACCCAAGGCGGCUGCGGUGGCGCCGGCUUGUGGAAAAUGCCACCAGGCAGCGCUUCGGUUCGUUGCUCGUGUGACGGCCGUUCCCCCCCCACAUCCCUGAACCCCCUGCGACCGCCGGGGAAGAACCGGCCCGCGCAGUGAGUACCGCACCGAGACGCUUCGGCGGGAACGAGGCCGACGGCCGGCUGUGCCGGUUGCGCCCCUGAGAAUUACCAAGGAGUUGUUAAAAAUGACCGUAUUUUCUACCUCUGAAUGAAAUUAAGCAAAGACCGAAGUACGAAAAUGUCAUCGAAACAAGAGACUAUAAAAGAAAUUUGAGAAUAGCGGUACCUUGCUAAUGAUAGCCUAAAAUUUAAUUUAAAGUCAGUCCUGAAAAUGUGUAAUGGUUAAGGAUUGAGUUUCUAUCCUCAUCCACAUGUUUAAAGAAUCUUCUGUAUUGGCUAUCUCUAACCAAAUUAGUGGGAAUGGAAGAUGGCGGGGAACAACUCACUAAGAAUCUACUCAUCUAUAGUCCUUUUAUCUUUUUAUUUACAAGGGUAAGCUACUGAAUAUCAUAUAUAUAAUGCGGUACAUAAAAUGUGAUAAAUGCUGCACCUAACACACAAAGUCUACAACAGACCAUAGAUCUACAAAGGACUAUGAUCUAUGGAUCAGAACUAGCAGAGUUAACAUCAACCCAGUUCCUAGCAAACGUUGCUAACUUAUGUCCAUAGCUAUCAUUUCGGACCCAAUACCCCCUAUAUAAUAGCAAAUAUUGUGUAGACCCCCUUCCCUUCCAAACGAGGCACUCUAUCUUCAAGUAUAAUUUUUAAGUAAAUUUAAAUCAAUUUAGAAUAAUGGAAUAUAUGUUAUUGUACAUUCAUAAGUAUACUAUAUUCCUAUCCCUACACCCCACUUAAUUAUAAUAAAUAAGUUAGGAUCAGGGAAAGCAAUAUGAGAAAUUAUCCCACACGGGAAGUUCAGGAAAAAUGAAAGAGCAAAGGCAGAGAUGGACUCUAAGCUACUAGCAGGCCAGUUUUAUCUGUGGACGAUCACAGACAAAGGGGGAAAAAUACUUAACUGGAGUAUGUAUAACAUGCUAAGAUAAAUGACAAUCUGUCAAUGUUGACCAAGAAUGAGGAAGUUUGAUAUUCUUGUGGAUAAGCUAUUUCUAAACGUACUUAUAAAACAAUUCAGUGCGUUAUGACACGAAUUAAGAGUGCCAAUGAAGUGCCCUGGAAACAUUUCAUCCCAGAGCCAGCCACAUGUCCAAAGAUGCAUUCAGUCUGUGGUGGGAAAGAAAAGAGGGCCGGGGGCUCCAGAUGAGGGGAGUCGUGUAGCAAGUUGGGACAAGGACGCAGAUGCCAAAGCUGGGCCUGUCCGACAGGGAGCUCAGGAGGGACUCAGCUGCUGCUUUGGGAGGUGGCAGGAGGUGGGGGGAGGGGAUUGCCCGACCCUGGCUCCUGAAGCACCCCUCCCCUCCCUUCCUACUUGGGUCCCACACAGCGGCCCUCACUCCAUCCUGCCUUGGCCUACCUGUGCCCCACAUAUACCCCGAUGCUUCCCUCCCCGUUGCCUGACCCCGAGCCUCCCUGCCUGCCUUCGACCAUCCCCAGUACCCCCAUCGUGUGGUGACCUACCUGCACCUGGGGCUCCAUCCUGCUUCCCUGCUGGGGACUGGCCUUCUUGGACAUGUGCGCCUCCUGGCCAGCUGUGGAGCCCUGAAGUACCUGAAAUAACCCCAUCGCCAUGCUGAAGGACAAGGAGCCCAGGGCCUUCAUCGUCAGGGACAGCCACUCCUUCCGGGGCGCCUACGGGCUGGCCAUGAAGGUGGCCAUGCCCCCGCCCUCCGUCCUGCAGCUGAACAAGAAAGCUGGAGACUUGGCCAACGAACUGGUCCGGCAUUUCUUGAUCGAGUGCACCCCGAAGGGAGUGCGGUUGAAAGGAUGCCCCAACGAGCCGUAUUUCGGGAGCCUGACGGACUUGGUGUGCCAGCAUUCCAUCACGCCCCUGGCUCUGCCCUGCAAACUGCUCAUUCCAGACAGAGAUCCGUUGGAGGAAAUGACAGAAAGCUCUCCCCAGACCAUGGCCAACUCCGCGACGGAGCUGCUGAAGCAGGGGGCAGCCUGCAACGUGUGGUACCUGAACUCCGUGGAGGUGGAGUCCCUCACCGGACACCAGGCCAUUCAGAAGGCCCUGAGCAUCACCCUGGUCCAGGAGCCGCCCCCCUUGUGCACGGUCGUGCACUUCAAGGUGUCGGCCCAGGGCAUCAUGCUGACGGACAACCAGAGGAAGCUCUUCUUCCAAAGGCACUACCCCGUGAGCAGCGUGAUCUUCUGCGUGCUGGACCCCCAGGACAGGAAGUGGAUCACAGAUGGCCCCUCCUCAAGGGUCUUCGGUUUCAUGGCCUGGAAGCAGAGCAGCACCACGGACAACGUGUGCCACCUGUUCGCGGAGCAUGACCCUUAGCAGCCCGCCAGCGCCAUCAUCAACUUCGUGUCCAAGAUCAUGAUCGGCUCCCCGAGGAAGAUCUGAGCCUCGCACCGGAAGACCCCAGAGGGGCCGGCUGUGCCCCCGACCUCCCCAGCCCAGGAGGGAAGGGGCCCCUCCAACUUACACACCAGAACGAGCCACCCCACGGCCCAGUGGCCUUCCCAGAAAGACACGUUUCUGCCACCCAGGGCCCCAGCGGAGGAAGACGGGCGCCGGAUGGGCUCCCAAAAUUGCGUUCUUACAUCUACGAGGGGAGGGGAGCCCAGCCCACUUGGCAGUGGCCCGAGUGGCCGCUGUGCCUCGGGGUAGCCGUCUCGGGGGGCUUCUGUCCAGCGGACACCCUGAUGCCUCUGUCCUCUGGCGAUCACCACGGAGAGGCUGAUUGGUGGGCCUGAAAAGGGGUGCAUGCCUAAUGGAGGUUCGUGCAGGUCAGGCCCUCCGGAUCACUGGGGCGUGAACAAGGGGUCGGCGUGAUGGGCGGCGAGGCCAGGAAGUCCCUGGGUCCCCGUGGAGGGACUGCCUCUGCCUCCGCUCGCCCAGCUCUGAAUGGCACGCUGGGCCAUGAGGGGAACACCGUUUCCAUAAAAGUUACGUUUUA